GUUAAAGCUAGACCUUUAAAGAACCUAACUAGUAAAAAGAUUACUAAGUUUAUUUGGAAAGAAAUCGUUUAUAGGUAUAUAAAUAGUAAAUCGGAAUUCAAAAGAGUAGUAAUUCAGGAACUUAAUAAACUAGAAAUUAAUAGAAUUAUUAUUUCGGCCUAUAAUUCUAAAAGAAAUAAUAUAAUUAAAAGAGGAUAUUAA